CAAAAGUCGAACGAUAAGCGCGCGGCCAGAGCGACACGGCCACAAUCACAGCGGAGCAGUGUAUACUCGUCGUCGGCGUCGUGUUCGACCCCCCAAAAAAAGAGGUAGAGCUCGGGCAGGAGAGCGUGCGAGAGGGAGCGCACUGUGUGUCUCUCUCCCUCUCGGAUUUUCAUGUACUUACAACAGUGUUUUGCUGUUGUAUUGUGUGAAUAUUGUGUAGUGGCAAUUAUCUUGGCCAGGUGACAUACAGAGACAAAACUGUAAAGCAGUAAAGUUUUGGCUACCGUUCGCGAUCGCGUCGCCAGCGACAUAAUCAAUUUUUAUACACCACCUCUGGCUUGAGUCGUUUUCCGUGCGCGCGAUUUUCCCGCUACACAUCUUGCGGCCGCCACUUUUGCAGCAAUUUUUCCUGCAAACGCACAGCGCGACCCGAUUGAGCCCCCAAAAAGUGCGGAAAUCUAAAUUUGCUGUCGGUCUAUGAAAAUGUACUAAAAAUAAAAAUAUCAGUGAAGUUUGUCACACAAUAAAGUGGGUUUAUUUUCCGAAGAUUAAUCGCGUCCAUUUUGGCAUGAAAUGGAUAGGCAGCUGAGACACAAGCGCGAUCAUACGAAGUACAGACAAUUUGUCAGACAAAUCUGGUACAAGUGUUGCCGCGAAACUGUGCAGAUCUGUGACAGUGACAUCUAGGUUCAUCCCCUAAGCCCCUGUAACUAUAUAUUCAAAAGUGGGUGCGCACAUCGAGCCACAGUGACUGUUUGGAAGCGUCUUGCAAGAUUUUUUUUUUCUAAAUUGUGGUUCAAUGGCUCGUCAACAGCAGAGUGAAUGAUCGAGACCGUGAUUCGCGAUCGGCGAUCUGACUUUGUCGGAGCGAAAAACAUGUCACAUUUUCCCUUCCGAGGAUCGCCAACUGUUCAGAACGCCGUUUCCUCCGCUCCGCCAUCACCACCCGCCGCCCCCGUCGCCAUGGCCGUCACCUCGACCGUCCCGCCGGGCGCCCGAAGUUCCUCGCCGUGCUCAGCGGCCUCCGGACCGCCCACGUCGCGGUGCUGCGACACAGGACGACCCAUCUUCAGCGACCCCAUCACGGGUCAGACCAUCUGCUCCUGCCAGUACGACCUGAUGGGCUACCAGCGCCUCCCGGGGAUGCCCGCCGGCGUGCCCUUCUCCGCCGUGUACGGCAACACGUACCCCGAGACCUUCCCCGCCUACCUGUCCACCCUGGGAGCGGACCAGGCGCCGUUCUACUCAACGCCGGCUGGAGCCUUGGAACUAAAGGAAAAUAUUGCAGCUGGAGGACCUUCUUGGCCAUAUCCAGUCUAUCAUUCCUACGAAGCGGCUUUCGCCGGAUACCCCUUCAAUGGCUACGGCGUGGACCUCAAUGGCGCCCGCCGGAAGAAUGCAACGAGAGAGACCACGAGCACCCUCAAGGCGUGGCUCAAUGAGCACAAGAAGAACCCCUACCCCACCAAGGGCGAGAAGAUCAUGCUGGCGAUCAUCACGAAGAUGACCCUCACGCAGGUGUCGACGUGGUUCGCCAACGCGCGGCGGCGGCUGAAGAAGGAGAACAAGAUGACGUGGGAGCCGCGGAAUCGCGUCGAUGACGACGAUGCCAAUGUCGAUGAUGACGACAGGAAGAGUACCGAUGGGAAAGACUUAUUAGAUUCUAAGGAUUCAGGAACGGGCUCCAGUGAAGACGGCGACCGGCCGUCGAACCGCCUCGAGUUGCUGGACAGAUCGGGCGCCGGCGACGGGCGCGACAGCGAGUGGUCCGAGUCGCGGCCGGGCAGCGGUCCCGGCUCGCCGGAGAUCUUCGAUCGCUCCAGCGUGAAUCCCCACCUGCUGCACCCGGCCGCCAUGCACUUCCGGCCGCCCACGAGCUCGCCGCCGGACGGCGGGCCGCCGCCCAGCGCCAGCACCAAUCCCAGCGUGAUCAGCAAGCCGCGGAUCUGGUCGCUGGCCGACAUGGCGAGCAAAGAGAGCAAAAACCACUCGCCCGAGCCUCCCCCGCCAUCCGCCGCCAGUGCCGCCGCGGCGACGCUGUACGGCUGCGCCGCCGUGGGCAAGAUAAUGCCCCUGGCCGGCCGCAUGCACAUGCCGCACCCGUACGCGCGGCCCGAGAUCUUCCGGCCGUUCUAUGGGCCGGCGCAUCUGGGCGGCGCGCCGCCGGACGUGGCGCUCAUUGAGUCCUACCAGCGGACCUUCGGUGCUAGUCUCGCCCACAACGGCAUCCCCAUGAACCCCGCCCUCAGCUCCAUGAUCUCCAAGGCGGUCAGCGGCGGCCAGCCGCCCUUCGCGCCGCUCAGCCUCACCACCUCGUCGGCCAACACGGCGCCGCCGCCCGGCGUCUCGCCGUCCGCCUCCAGCACGUCCUCCGGCGACGCCACGACGGCCAAGCUGUCGCCCGGCGCCGCCAAGCCAUGACCAUUGGCCGGCGCCGCGGACUUCCUCAGCGACCAGCAAGUGCUCAUCAGACCGUGAGUCCCAAACCACCCACUCGGAGACACCCCGACGCACCCACACAGAAUUUUCGGACAAUAAAGAAUAUGUGAUUGAACAGAGCGGCCCGCGGGCCGCAAGACUAACCCAUCAAGACGCGCAGAGGUAUUUUUCAGCGGGCGUGCAGAAAACGCGACAAAGGAGUAAAAAAGUAAAUCUUAGGAAAUUGAGAAAAUAAAAAUCAGGGUAUGAAAUCCGGUGCAUUCUUCAUUUUAAUAUGCAAAAAGGCAGAAAAAAAAGAAACAACUGUGUGUUAUACAACAAAAGCUUUCAAGAGAACGGUGAACUUGGGAGGAUUGAUCAAGUGUUUUCGCGUGUCUUGAACUCUCUUGGACAAUUAAUGCAGAUUUCACUCUAAAUUAAAUAAUAUGGCAAACUAAUUAAGAAGAAUUAUAAAAAAAGGGGGAAAAUGAAUAACCAAAUCGGUGUUGCUGAAGUGAUGAAACCAAAUACCAUUUUCUCUUCUUGCAAGACGGAGAGAGAGAGAGAGAGGGAGAGAACAAAACCUAAGGACGAAGCGAGUGUCUCAGUGACUGAGUGAAAGGCAGGGAACAGUGAGGACUGAGAAUUGAGGGGUUGUAGGCUAAGUUGAGAGAAAUUCCAUGUAAGAAUUUAUCAAGUGACGAGUGUGAGUAUUUAUAGAGCAAAAAACUAUACAUAGUAAAUGUAUAAAUUAAUUACAAUUUAUAGGAUGGAAAGAAGAAAAGAAGAAAUGAAGUGAGCAAAAAUAGUGUUAAAUGUGAUAAUGGACUCAUUGAUUUUCACUCUGUAAGUAAAAACCCAUUUAAUAGUGAAUUCGUCUUCGAACAAACCUGACUAAUACUAUAUUUUAUUUCGCUGUAAAAGUGUGUUUGAGAAAAGGAAUCACUUUAACUAUUUAGUCUCUCGAGAUACAGAAAAGUACCGGAAAAGAUUCACUAAAACUCUCGACAAAAAAAAAGAAAGGAAAAAUCAACGAAUUCUUAUGUUAUUUCAGCUUCAAAUGAUGUGAGUUUUUUUGGUAUUGGAAAAUGCUGGAUUUUCGUGUUGGAGGUAAAUUCAACUGGCGCUGAAUUAACCAGCCGUAAAUGCACACCCUUCCUCCACAUAUAUAUAUAUUUAUCAAUAUCCUUUUAUUCGGAUGGAUAUAAAAUGAAUUUAUUGUAUCGUGCAAGCGACGAAGAAGACACCAAGAAAUUCGUUGAAAUUGUGACCAAAUAAAAACCGAUAAUAAAAUUUAUACUAUGGAAUGCCGAUGGAAUACACAGGGUGAAUCAGUCGGAUAAAUUCAUUUGAUGUGACAUGAAAAUCAACCGCAAUAUAUAAAGAAAAACCUAAAACGGAGCACAAAAAUGUAUUCGAAAAGAAGAAAGAAAAAAAAGACAUCAUCAUUUCAUAUUGUCAUCGUGAAAAUGUAUACAGAGUUUCGGGUGUGGGUGGAAAAGAAGAAGGAGAAGAAAAAAAAGAGAAAAUUGCUACUUUGUAAAUUUAAUGCAAAAUAUUCCAAUAAAUUUAUGUAAUUUGUUGUGUGAAAAUGUUCAGUGAAUGCCAUUUUCCUGCCCACUUCCAAGGUCGCUGUCUUGCAUCGUGAACACAUUUAGCUGAGGGAAAUUGGGACAGAACUUUCAAAGAUUUUUUCUUUUUUUUUAAACUAAUUGGUUUCGGAGUAUUUAUUUUGUCAAAUACACAAAAACCAUUUUCCAUAUGCGGCAGAACAAUAUAUACAUUUCUCUGUGCAGAGAACAGAGAGAUGAAAUACUCUAUCUCGCGGUGGAAAAAGACAUUAUAAAUUCACGAGAAGAAUGUAGCGAAAACAGGUAUAAAAAGAAUGGAAAUUGUGAAUGGAGAGUGAGAGAUGGUGGCAAAAAAUGCAAAGAAUAAAUAACAGCAAAGGAGUUUGUACAUAGUAUCAAUAAAAUUAAUUAAGAGAGACGUUAAUUAUAAUGAGAAGAAGAAAAAAAAUAAUAAGAAUAUGGAAUACAGUAACAGUUAAUGAAAAUGUACUAAUGAAAAUAUUGUGUAUAGAUAUUUACAUAAUUCUGUAUAAUUAAAUAUCAUUUAGAAGGAGCGUAAUGUUAAAGUCUAGUUGCAAUAAAAAAAAAAUAUUAAAA